GGAUUUCUGUUGCAAUUUUUUGCACGGUACUUCGACUCGGAAAACUAUAUACUCUUUCAACCAUAUUACUUGUGUCUGUACUCGGUGGUGACGGUGUCCGUCGAGGAAGUGCAUCGUCUAAUGUUACCAGAAAUUCAGUCUUUUGAUGGCAAUAAAUGGUAUUUAGCGUUUUGUUUAAAUGAAUUUGAUUCAACGUGGGAAUUGAAUAAAACAGGUAGCUAACUUAUAAUGGUUUUCUAAAGUUCAACGAAACUAACCAAAGUUUAUUUUUUUGUUCAGGAGAUAGUUUAGACUUUAUUAAACCGGAUGACAAGCCACUAGAACUUUUUCGUCCAAAUUUUGAUGCUAAUGGAAAAAUGAUUAGCCUUACUAAUUUACAUACUCAAAUAGAAGUUAAACUUAACGAACAAAAAUGUAGUGAUGAAUAUCCAUGUGGACUUAGUCAGACUUGUUUAGACAAGAAAUUAGCACAAAAAAAGGAGAAAAGAAAGCAACAAAUGCGACUGGAAAACAUUGAUUACGAAACCGUAGCUCUAGCCAACCUUUGUCGAAAAAAGAAAAGUGAACCAAAAACGUUCUUAUUACAAGCUUCCACCACUAUACAAAAACCGAUUAAAACAAAAUCUUAUGUUAAAGUAUCGUCAAAGAUGAGCAUGGACAAAAUACAAAAUCCUUAUCAAAUCACCAGUUCGGUUGUCACAAAAUCUUCCCCACUACAGAAAUUUCCAUCACCACCGCAAGCAAAAAUCCCGAUAUCAUCAUCCAUACCAAUCUCAAAACUGAAGCGACCAGUAACAUUAGACGAUGCACUUCCUCGACGGACACCGUCACCACCGAGUACAGACACAAGUAAUAUGGUUGAAAGAGUAUAUAGUUUUCCGAGUCGAAGUACCGUGCAAAAAAUUGCAACAGAAAUCC